AACAAAUAAACAAAAAGGAAUUUUUUUCCCAAUUGGCCACUUGCACUUUUUAGUUUUCACCCAAUAAAUACCUCUAAGUAACCUCUCUUUCUUCCUCCUCAAAAAAAAAACUCAUUUGCUCUCUCCAAACACCAAAACCCAAAAUAAGUUUCAAAGGAGAAAACACUAAAGAUGCUCAAGAUGUUGUCUAUAUUAAGAAGAAACCUUCAAAAUCUUCGAAAAAGCCCGCGGGUGGCGGACGAAAGCGCGUUGCCUUCAACGACGGUUAAUGGAGAUCACGGGGGAGGAAACGGGAGUAACGGUGGAAUAAUGAAGUUUCCGCUAUCGAUCAUGUCAUGUUUUUCGGUUCCACGAGUUAGCAGGGCAGAUGGUGUGUGGGUGUCGGGAGAUUAUGGAAGGGUCUCGGAGGUUAACCAUCUCAUGGUUUGUGAUGGCAUGAGAUACGCUCUCUUAAUGUAAUUAUAUAUCUAGCUCGACUUAAUUUAGCUAGUAGUACAUAUUUCUUUUGUGUUGAUGGCGUUUAUAUUAGGGCAUUUAGUGAGAUAUACAAAAGCUUUUCACUUCUUUUUUCAUGGUUUGUGUUUAUUAAAGAACAUAUCUUAGCUAGGAAUAUUUAACUUUUUCUCUUACUCAUCUGCUUUUUGAUCUUUAAACUGAUAUAUAUGCUAGUGGUUGUCAUAUAUACAAAACUUGGAGAUUCUUGAAUUUGAUAAUGAUUUAUGAGUUAGAUGAUUUAUGAUUUAGAUGAUUUAUGACCAC